AUGGCGAUGGGCAGCGGCGGUGUUGGGCUUUGUGCUGACAUCCAGCUAACCUGGAAAUGCAAGUCUUACUUUUUGGACUUGUCAGCCUUGUGGACUUCUAUGCAUGCCUCUUCAGCUAUGAGUAGAUCAAUAGGACUUAAUAUCUGCAUGGUAACCCGCUGCAUCCUGCUCUUAUCCUCUGGCCUGCCAUGCCUUGCGUAUCCACUGCUGGAGGAGAGGGAUGUGAUGAAAGCCCAGUACAGCUCGUGGGCAGGGAAUGGGGUAGAAGAUGAAAGGACAAGCAUGCCAAACUUAAUGAACAAGCUGAGCCCUUCUGAGCAAACCCUUUCUGAGGAGCCAUCUGGAGCAUCAGCAAAGCCAUCUGGGAUGCCCCUAAGUGAAGCUUUCACUUCUGAAAGAGAAAUGUGGCCUGUAAGCCCAAGACGUACCAUUGUAGGCAGCCAGGGUCUGGAUGUCAGCACCACCAUACCUGGGGUACUGGCUGCUGUAGAAGAGGAACUCAGUCCCACCAAGUCAGAACUGAAUGAAAACGGAGAGUUCAAGGCCAUGCUGACUACAGCUGUGACCACCCUGAGCCCUCCUGUUCGGGAGGAACCCAUCAGCGUGACCACCACAGAGGACUGUGAGGUGGGGCAGAGCUCUGCCAGCCUCCUGGCAAACCCUCCUUUUGUCACAGCUGCUGCAGAGGAGGAGAUAGCAGUGAGCAGCUUGUACCCCUCAGCUGUACCCCAGCCCCACAGCGAGCAGGUGCCCACAUCACAGCCCAGCACUCCCAUCCUGGAAAAGGCAAGUGACUACCUCAUCAUCCCAAUGGCACAGGCCCCGAGCGAGAGUUUUGAGGUGGGAAUGCCAGAAGCCAACACAGGCAAUGCUCCGAGGGUACUGGCUUCACAAGGAGCCACUGCUACUAACCAUCCCCUUGUGACCACUGAGGCCUACCUUCAUCUGGGGGCAGACACAGCUGUGGAGCAAGGAGAGCAGCCCACUGCAGCAAGCACUGCCUCCAGCCUCCCUACUGAUUCCAUGCCCCCAGACUGGGAUGACACCAAGCUAGGGAGUACAAGUCAAAGGGAAAGCAUGCAGCAUGAGGAGGUGGGAGAGGACCAAGUGGCAACAGAAACAUCCCAGAUCCCACUAGGAGUUAUGGAAGAAGAGGAGGAGGAGGAUGUGGCAAGAGUGCUGCCAUCCCCAGCAUCUGCUCCACCAACUCCAGGGCUUAUAAAGGAGAUCAACUGCACAGCCCCUGCAGCAAUGCAUGAAGAAGAUGUAUUGGUUACUUCCACAGCCAGCAGUGGUGUUUCCCUCACAGGGGACUUGCCAGAUGUAGACACAGGUGGUCUGAACUCUCUGGAAAACAUAAACAUGGUCACAGCAGAAGAGAAGAGCAUCCUUCCUUCACAACCUGAGGCUCCUGUGAUAACAGACAUAACACCUGAUCUCUCUUCUACUCUGGAGAGCUCACAGGAAGGCCUUACUCAGGAGGUGACAACUAUUGCCCAGGAGGCAGCAGCAGCUGCUGCUGCUCUGACAGCUGUGACGCUGCUGCCUGCUCCUGCCCAGGGGACAGGAGCUGCAAGCCUUCCCCAGGAAACCAGUGGGGAGGACACCCAGAUGCUGAGUGCCCCUGUUGCCACCCAGAUGCUGACAGCUGCAGGCACCUCCACAGUGAGAAGUCCAGGUGUGGAAGAUCUCACAGAUGUGGUCCUGGUCACUGGUGAGAAUGCUGUUCCAUCUCUGGAUGGAUUGCUGGCUACACAGUCUGGACAAACAGAAGAACCAUCCAGCAAAACAAUGGUCCUGGUGACUCCAGCAUCAGUGGCGUCAUCUGUCAGGAGAACAGCUCUUCCAGCUGUGAGGAAGAUCAGUACAGCUGUAACCUAUGGGUUGGAUCGGCUGGAGUCAGAAGAGGCCGAGGAAGAGGAAGAGGAUGAAGAGGAGGAGGAAGAAGAAGAGGAGGAAGAGGAAGAUGAAGAGGACAAAGAGAUAGAUUCCAUGGAUGAAAGCAUGGAGGGUGACACAGAGCUGCCAGGCUUCACACUUCCAGGCGAAACCUCCCAGGAGCCCAUAGCUGGCCUGGAGAACCCUGCAGCCCAGCUGGCCGGGGUGUCCUACCAGGUUCCUGAUACCAUUGAGUGGGAACAGCAGAACCAGGGUCUGGUGAGAAGCUGGAUGGAGAAGCUAAAAGAUAAGGAAGGAGACAUAUCUAGUGUCAACUUUGCUCAUAGCAGAGCAUCCUGGCGUGGGAUUCAGCCAGAACGAGCGUUGCAAGGACAGAGAAUGGUUUUCCCAGCAAAGGCAGGAUACAUGUCAGGGAUGCUGGUUCCUGUAGGAGUCGGGAUAGCUGGAGCCCUCUUUAUCCUCGGAGCACUCUACAGCAUUAAGAUUAUGAAUCGCCGGAGGAGGAACGGCUCCAAGAGGCAUAAAAGAAAGCAGAGGGAAUUUAACAGCAUGCAAGACCGAGUAAUGCUCCUAGCCGACAGCUCUGAAGACGAAUUCUGA